CCAGCAGUAUCUGUUGGAAAUGUUGGUCAACUUGCAAUAGAUCUGAUUAUUUCUACACUGAAUAUGUCUAAGAUUGGUUACUUCUAUACCGAUUGUCUUGUGCCAAUGGUUGGGAACAAUCCAUAUGCGACUGCAGAAGAAAAUUCAACAGAACUCAGUAUAAAUACUGAAGUAUAUUCUUUGCCUUCAAGGAAGCUAGUGGCUCUUCAGUUAAGAUCCAUUUUUAUUAAGUAUAAAUCAAAGCCAUUCUGUGAAAAACUGCUUUCCUGGGUGAAAAGUAGUAGCUUCGCCAGAGUUGUUGUUCUUUCCAGCAGUCAUUCCUAUCACCGUAAUGAUCUACAGCUUCGUAGUACUCCUUUCCGAUACCUACUUACACCUUCCAUGCAAAAAAGUGUUCAAAAUAAAAUAAAGAGUCUUAACUGGCAAGAAAUGGAAAAAAGCCCAUGCAUUCCUGAAAUAAGUGAUUCUGAGCUUUGUGUUCGUAUUCCUGGAGGAGGAAUCACAAAAGCACUCUAUGAUGAAAGCUGUUCAAAAGAAAUCCAAAUGGCGGUUCUGCUGAAAUUUGUGUCAGAAGGGGACAAUAUCCCAGAUGCAUUAGGUCUUGUUGAAUAUCUUAAUGAAUGGCUUCAGAUAAUCAAACCAUGUAGUGAUGACCCUACAGCAUCUGCCUUGCCAUGGAAAAUACCAAGCUCUUGGAGGUUACUCUUUGGCAGUGGUCUGCCCCCUGCACUUUUCUGAUCAGUUUUCCGUUUUAGACUUACAUCCCAACAUUCUGUACACAAUAUUACCGACAUUCUAUGUGAAAGUCUAUAUUAUUCGAGAAUGUAUUAGGAAAUAAAUAUUUACUUUUCACAGUCUUAAAGAAAAAGGAUUAACCAAAGGUCAUUUUGCCAUGCUUUUUAUGAUAUACAAUAAAUGUAAAUUUGUACAGCAGAACUUUGU